AUUCGGGGUGAGUCACCCCGGAAGCGCCGCUACUGCCCGCCUGCCCCGGCCCCCCUCACCACUCGGUCUCUGCACCCCGCCGGCAGGUUGCGGCCCCCAACGAAAGGUCGCCCGGUGGAUCGUGUGUCGGUGGCGGCGCGGGGGAAGUUCCCUGUUGCUCCUCCUCAUCCAUGUCUGUCUCUCCCCAGAUUUGGCCGCAUCGGCCGCCUGGUCACCCGGGCUGCUGUCCUCUCUGGCAAAGUCCAAGUGGUGGCCAUCAACGAUCCCUUCAUUGAUCUGAAUUACAUGGUUUACAUGUUCAAAUAUGACUCUACUCAUGGUCACUUCCGUGGCACUGUCAAGGCUGAGAAUGGGAAACUCGUGAUUAACGGGAAUGCUAUCACCAUCUUCCAGGAGCGUGACCCCAGCAACAUCAAGUGGGCAGAUGCUGGUGCUGAAUAUGUUGUGGAGUCCACUGGUGUCUUCACCACCAUGGAAAAGGCUGGGGCUCAUCUGAAGGGUGGCGCUAAGCGUGUUGUCAUCUCUGCUCCCUCAGCUGAUGCUCCCAUGUUUGUGAUGGGUGUCAACCAUGACAAGUAUGACAAGUCUCUGAAAAUUGUCAGCAAUGCCUCUUGCACUACUAACUGCCUGGCGCCCUUGGCCAAGGUCAUCCAUGACAACUUUGGCAUUGUGGAGGGUCUUAUGACCACUGUCCAUGCCAUCACAGCCACACAGAAGACAGUGGAUGGGCCCUCUGGGAAGCUGUGGAGGGAUGGCAGAGGUGCUGCCCAGAACAUUAUCCCAGCAUCUACUGGGGCUGCUAAGGCUGUGGGAAAAGUCAUCCCUGAGCUUAAUGGGAAACUUACCGGAAUGGCUUUCCGUGUGCCAACCCCCAAUGUCUCUGUUGUGGACCUGACCUGCCGUCUGGAGAAACCAGCCAAGUAUGAUGACAUUAAGAGGGUAGUGAAGGCUGCUGCUGAUGGGCCACUGAAGGGCAUCCUGGCAUACACAGAGGACCAGGUUGUCUCCUGUGACUUCAAUGGUGACAGCCAUUCCUCCACCUUUGAUGCGGGUGCUGGCAUUGCACUGAAUGACCAUUUUGUCAAGCUGGUUUCCUGGUAUGAUAACGAGUAUGGAUACAGCAACCGUGUUGUUGACUUGAUGGUCCACAUGGCAUCCAAGGAGUAAGCCGAGCACGCAGCCCCCCUGCUGCCUAGGGAAGCAGGACUCUCCUUCAUUGGAGCCCCUGCCCUUGUUCACCACCGCUUAGCUCUGCAUCCUGCAGUGAGAGGCCAGUUCUGUUCCCUUGUCUCCCCCACUCCUCCAACUUCUCCCCGAGCCUGGGGGAGGUGGAGAGGCUGAUAGAAACUGAUCUGUUUGUGUACCACCUUACAUCAAUAAAAGUGAUCACCAUCUGAAA